CCGCCUCCUCUCGCGAGAGCCCGGCGGGGAUAUAAGGGCGACUGCUGGCGAGGCGGCGGCCCCCUAGCGUCGCGCAGUGUCGGGGACUGCGCGGCGGUGCCAGGCCGGGCGUGGGCGAGAGCGCGAGCGGGCUGCCUGCGGGCUGAGAGCGUCGAGCUGUCACCAUGGGUGAUCACGCUUGGAGCUUCCUAAAGGACUUCCUGGCCGGGGGCGUCGCCGCUGCCGUCUCCAAGACCGCGGUCGCCCCCAUCGAGAGGGUCAAACUGCUGCUGCAGGUCCAGCAUGCCAGCAAACAGAUCAGUGCUGAGAAGCAGUACAAAGGGAUCAUUGAUUGUGUGGUGAGAAUCCCUAAGGAGCAGGGCUUCCUCUCCUUCUGGAGGGGUAACCUGGCCAACGUGAUCCGUUACUUCCCCACCCAAGCUCUCAACUUCGCCUUCAAGGACAAGUACAAGCAGCUCUUCUUAGGGGGUGUGGAUCGGCAUAAGCAGUUCUGGCGCUACUUUGCUGGUAACCUGGCGUCCGGUGGGGCCGCUGGGGCCACCUCCCUUUGCUUUGUCUACCCGCUGGACUUUGCUAGGACCAGGUUGGCUGCCGACGUGGGCAAGGGCGCCGCCCAGCGUGAGUUCCAUGGUCUGGGUGACUGUAUCAUCAAGAUCUUCAAGUCUGAUGGCCUGAGGGGGCUCUACCAGGGUUUCAACGUCUCUGUCCAAGGCAUCAUUAUCUAUAGAGCUGCCUACUUCGGAGUCUAUGAUACUGCCAAGGGGAUGCUGCCUGACCCCAAGAACGUGCACAUUUUUGUGAGCUGGAUGAUUGCCCAGAGUGUGACGGCAGUCGCAGGGCUGGUGUCCUACCCCUUUGACACUGUUCGUCGUAGGAUGAUGAUGCAGUCCGGCCGGAAAGGGGCCGAUAUUAUGUACACGGGGACAGUUGACUGCUGGAGGAAGAUUGCAAAAGAUGAAGGAGCCAAGGCCUUCUUCAAAGGUGCCUGGUCCAAUGUGCUGAGAGGCAUGGGCGGUGCUUUUGUAUUGGUGUUGUAUGAUGAGAUCAAAAAAUAUGUCUAAUGUAAUUAAAACACAAGUUCACAGAUUUACAGUGAACUUGAUCCACAAGUUCACAGAUCCAUUGUGUGGUUUAAUAGACUAUUCCUAGGGGAAGUAAAAAGAUCUGGGAUAAACCAGACUGAAAGGAAUACCUCAGAAAAGAUGCUUCAUUGAGUGUUCAUUAAACCACACAUGUAUUUUGUAUUUCUUUUACAUUUAAAUUCCCACAGCAAAUAGAAAAUAAUUUAUCAUACUCGUACAAUUAACUGAAGAAUUGAUAAUAACUGAAUGUGAAACAUCAAUAAAGACCACUUAAUGCA